GGGAGUCGCGCAUGCGCGGAGGCAGGAGUUGCCCCGGUGGAAACGGCUUCAAAAAAAAAAGCUCCGAGAGGCGACUGAGGGGAUCCCGACCGCCCGACCACCCGCCCGCGAGCCUACCCAAAGAAACUAAUGUGGAGGAAUUCAGCUGUGACCACUGUGGUGACUUGAGAAUGCACUGCUCAUCAAAGAAUGUACAAAAGAAGACUGAAAUGGAGGAUUGGUCGAGAGCUUCGAUGGAGCUAAUCUUAUAGUUGACUCGUUGCUUCCUUUGUGAUGAUGUUCUGAAAUUCCCAAGUUCUGGCAUUGUGGGGUUUGCAUGGCAAAGUAACCGUGGAGAAGCCAGGCUAUCACAAACUGAUGGAUUUUGACAAGAGAGGAGGGAGGGGUGAAAUGGAAGAAACAAAAAGAAUGUCUAAAUCUGGUGGUCGGGGAGCCAAUUGUGGCCGGAGUACGGGGACCAGCUCCGGAGUCUUAAUGGUGGGUCCCAACUUCCGAGUGGGGAAGAAGAUUGGAUGUGGGAAUUUUGGAGAGCUUCGUCUAGGGAAAAAUUUGUACACAAAUGAGUAUGUGGCCAUUAAACUGGAACCUAUAAAAUCCAGAGCUCCACAACUUCAUUUGGAGUACAGAUUCUACAAGCAGCUGGGAAAUGCAGAGGGAAUUCCUCAGGUUUACUACUUUGGCCCCUGUGGGAAGUACAACGCCAUGGUACUGGAGUUACUGGGACCUAGCUUGGAGGAUUUAUUUGAUCUUUGUGAUCGGACAUUUUCACUUAAAACUGUACUAAUGAUCGCUAUACAGUUGAUUACACGGAUGGAAUUUGUACACAGUAAAAGUUUGAUAUACAGAGACGUUAAGCCGGAGAAUUUCUUAGUGGGACGACCGGGGAGUAAACGACAGCAUACCAUUCACAUCAUAGACUUUGGCCUUGCCAAAGAAUACAUAGAUCCAGAGACCAAAAAGCACAUCCCGUACCGAGAGCACAAGAGUUUAACCGGGACGGCACGAUACAUGAGUAUAAACACACAUCUGGGCAAAGAACAAAGUCGAAGGGAUGACCUCGAAGCACUAGGGCACAUGUUUAUGUACUUCCUCCGAGGUAGCUUGCCAUGGCAAGGUCUCAAGGCUGACACAUUAAAAGAGAGAUAUCAGAAAAUAGGAGACACCAAGCGAGCUACACCAAUUGAAGUCUUAUGUGAUAACUUUCCAGAAGAAAUGGCAACAUAUCUCCGCUAUGUGCGAAGACUCGACUUUUUUGAGAAACCAGAUUACGAAUACCUGCGGAAACUCUUCACAGAUUUGUUUGACAGGAAUGGCUUUGUGUUUGAUUACGAAUACGAUUGGGUUGGCAAACCAAUACCAACUCCCAUUGGUUCAAUCCACGCUGACAUGGCGCUCUCUCCAACCAACCGAGAUAAAGCACAGCAACAAACCAAACAUCAGUUAGCAGAUCGCAAUGGAGCAUGUGAACCUCAGGCCAGUCGCCAGCCCAGUGCCCAUCAUGUGGGAACACACCUAGCGUCUGACAGGCUCGAGGGUUCUGUACAGGUGGUGAGUUCAACGAAUGGAGAACUUAACACUGAUGACCCCACGGCAGGACACUCCAAUGCGCCUAUCACAGCCCCAGCAGAGAUUGAAGUGGCAGAUGAUACCAGGUGCUGCUGUUUCUUUAACAGGAGGAAGAGGAAAACUAUUCAGCGCCAUAAGUGACUUUGACAGCUGCUGUGAGGUUUACAUGUGUGCUCUGCAACUUUCCAGUCACGAUAGAUUCAGAAACCCAUCCCUUUUGUGGCAGGCAUCUCUAUCUGCUGUUGUCUACCAUCUUGACUCCUGUGCCCAGUGUGUUGGGCUGCUGACAUUGGCACUCUUUCCUGCUGUGAAACUCAUACAGGUUGUGGACUUGACAAAAUUCACCAUUGCAAAGUUUUAAACAGCCCAUUUCUGUGGGGAUUCACAACAACACACAAAAAAAACAUUUGUUUUUGAAAAUCAACACGAGAAGCUCAGCAUUAAGUAGGAUUAGUCUCUCGGUGGGAUCAAGGCAAGGAGCAUCGAGGGCAAGUUUUUACAAAGAUCCCCUCCCCCCCGCCCCCAUGGAGGAAAAAGGGGCAGCAAAUGGUUACUUCAAGAUUGUAACUCUGGCUGUUGGCACAAUCGGAAGCACAACCUAAGAUGUGCUUAGUUCCUCUCCUGUGUUCUAGAGCAAGUCAAACAUUUCUCCUUUGUUUUUUUGGUCAACGUGAAUGCGUGUUUUCUCGCAGUGGGGGGUGAUGUCCAUGGUCAGGCUUUCCCUCAGCGGGUAUUGCGCUUUCCAUAACUGUGUGUAAAGAGCUUUUUAAUGGGGUCUGAUUGUGCAAACACUUCUUUCCGCAUAUCUUGUCUAAGGGAAUACAAAAACCGGUGGGAAAUGCAGCAUGUUCUUAAAUGUAAUCAUGACCGUGUAAUGUUUGCAAAGUGUAAAUGAGGCUGUUGUCUUAUUGAACUGGGUAGAGUUAGGACCUGGUAGUUCACAGAAAUUUUCAAAUGGGGGAAGAGAGAAAAAAAAAUCUGGAGAUUUUUUUUGAGUUGUGGCAAUGAGGCCAGAGGUGGGCAUGUGAUGGCUUCCUUAUGGCGAGCUUAGAUUCAGGCCUUUCUGUGGAGGAAUGAGCCAGACCAGGGCAGAGCAGCCGGCUUGCUUAGUCAGGGACAGUUUUUGCACAGUUCAUGGCUUCUUGCAUAAUCGUACUACACACCCAGGAGAGAUUGGAGCCUUGAUUGGUUGUCAGUAAAUCGUAGAGGAACAACGUUAAUGGAAAGCCUCCCACAGUUUGAAACUAUUUGACGAUGAUAAGGCGCAAAGCAAAGCUUCUCUAGACAGACCAGCGUUCAGCUACAGGUACAUUUGUCCGGAAGGAAGUAGGCAUAAGGACUCCUCCGAAUCAGCCGUUUAUUAUUGUAGAUGAAAUGGCAACGAGAAGGAAUUUUUCUUUCAGUAAGUUAUUAUUGAUUCACGUGUUUAGGAUGAGCAAAUAGCUCCAGGUUUCUGAAGACUUUGUUGGAAAGCUAAUGAAGCAAUGAACAGUGACACAGUCCCUUCACAUCAGGAUCUGAAGCCACGGCUGCUCAGCCCCCCCUGAAGUCGGACACAAGUUCAUUGGAUUUUUGAAGCCACACCUAGCUUUACCCAUUGCUUUCAUCCUGGCUCAAAGCUUUUAAUAAACCACUCAUUUUGAACAGGGGUGGGAGUUAGUUGUUGAAAAACAAAGAUUUUAUGUACAAUUUUAAUUGCAAAAUCUACUGUUUUAUUUCCAAGUGCAUUUCCUUUCAAUCUUGUACCAUUUUAGAAUACUCUCUUCCUAUUUAGUACAAAGUUGCAGGUUCUACUCAGGAAAAUAGGGUACUUGAGAAUGGGCCCCUGGCAAGACUGGGUUAUUUGCUCAUUAUCCAUCUCAAUAGAAACUGGCUAACUCUAGGUCCAAGUAAUACUAGGGCUUCUACUUCACUCUAGAGUCUACCCUUGGUGUCUUGCACACAACUACACUGAGGUCAUAUUCUUUACUGUAUCCUGCCUGUUAUUGAUGCUGUCUUCAUCGCACGGUACCCCACGAGAGGUGCAGAGGAAAGCUCGCCCACCACGACCACAUGUGCAACAUUCUCCUUGUGUAAGAUUCAAUUUUUAUUUGGUUUUAAAAGAUUUUCUUCCCUGAAAAAUGCUUUAGUCUCAAUUGUGGAUUAUGUCCAUUUACCAAGAGUAGGAUGUUCGGCAAUGCGGAUACAGAGGGUGAAAAGGAAUGUUUUGCCAGCCAGAUACCCAAGUGAGUAAUAUGUUUAAUAGACUCCAGUUUGAUAAGCAAGGAACUCCAGUGUGCUACAUAAUGUUUGUUUGAGUGAUGGUUGGAAAAGCCUGAACUACUAGAAUAAUAGUUUGCAUUAUGAAUUCAGUUUGUAAGCAUGAAUAAAUGAUUGUUGUUAAAGGGUCUGAUUGGCCUAUGUGGGGUAACAGGUACCCUGGAACGCUAAUGUGCAGGUGGGUUUUUCUCUCUCUGCACACGUGAUGAUA